AUGUAUGAGAAGUGCAGGGAAGAAAGUGGUACCUGGUGGGGGGAAAAACUAGAAUUACCCAAAAAGAGAAUUAAUGGAAAGUCAUAUAAGAAUGACACAAGUGAUGAUGAUUUUGUUGAGAAGAAAAAGGAGGUGGGUUCUGGAAAGAAUGAAAAGAAAAUGAAAAGGAAAAGAGUUGACAAGAGUUUUAUUGAUAAAAAGGGUAAGGUGAAAGGGAAAAAAGUAAUUGGAGCUGAAGGAAAAUGUAAAGAAGGGAAGGUAGGAACUGAAUUUCAAAGGUUGAGUACUCGUAUGUCUCCAAAUUCUUUGUAUCUAGCCAUGAAAAGUUUGUCAAAGAGCCAGAGAGAAAUGGUACGUGAUAUGGGUUUUGGAUCUUUUCUGGGAAUGAAGAUUGAUACACUACUUGGAAAGCUAGCGUAUUUUGUUGUGGAUAGCUUCACUUGUUCCAUAAGGGUUAGAAGUGGUGAAGUGGCCAUAACAAACGAGACAGUGCAAGCUAUGUUUGGACUGCCGAAUAAGGGUUUGGACUUUAACACGCUAGAUGAAUGUGAUAAGAAUGAUCCUUUGCUUGAAGCUUGGAAAGGACAAUAUGGGAAGAGAAAUUAUUAUAAUGGGAACUAUUUGAAGAAUAUAAGGAAAACAAAUAUUGCGGAUGAGUUGUUUAAGCUGAAUUUUUUGACGCUAUUCAUUAACACUUUUGCUGAAACAGAGACAAUGGGGUCUUGUAGAAUUAAUUUUAUUGAAAAGUUAAUUCAAUGCAAAGAUGUGUCAAGGAUUAACUGGUGUGACUACAUAGUGGACUGUUUAGGAAAAAGCAAGAAUAAAUGGAGGCCAAAUGACAAAAACUGCUACUUCACAGGACCUAUGGUGCUUCUAAUGAUGGCGUAUGCAGACAGAGUGAUAUGUGAAGAUGUCAAUUUCUGUAGGCAUAGGCCCUUCAUCACAAAAAAUGAUUCGGAACACCUUAGAGUGUUAGAAGAAUAUGAAGUAAGCAGGGGUGUAUUUGGAAAUCUAACGUUAAGGGAAAAUGUGGAUGGUGUGUUUUAUGAUGCGAUGAUGAAUCAAGAUAAUUCAAAAGAUAUAUCAGUUGAGGAGAGUUGUGGGAUUAUUGAGAGAAUGGUAGGUACGUUGGUUGAGCAGAAGAAGGUUGUAGAGGCAAAUAGUUUGAUGUGUAUGGAAAUACAUCCGAAUAAUGAUAAAGUGAAGGCAGUGAUUAAGAAGGUUGUUGACAUCUUUAAUGGGACUACACUGAAAGCCUUAAUUGCAGAAGGGCAUGAAGAUAGAAUGGAGGUUGAUGGUACAAGUGUGAAGGCAACAGAAGGAGAACAAACAGAUGAGGAUAUGAACCAACUGAUUACUAAGUUGACAAAUAAGAUGGGGGAGAAUUUACUUAGUGGACAAAAAGUUAAUUCUGAAUCAAAUGUGGAUGCCUCUUCUCAUGGAAUGGAAGGAAUGUCACCGACUAUAGGAAUGGAAGUUGUAAUGUACAAUGGGAAUUCUACUUUUGAUUCUCCUUGUAUAUUGACACAUGGUUGGAUAAAGCAAGCUGAUAAAAUUGAAAGGAACAACUCUAAAAAGAGUAGUAUGUUAAAAAAUGAUUGUCCAUCGUUUGAAGCUAGACUUAAUCAAUGCGCAGAUGAGAUGAAUACUACAAAAGGGAAUGACGGUAAAGAUGAUGCAAUUGUUGAAAAGGAAGUUGAGCAAAAAGAAAUACUGGUUGCACAAGCAAUUAUUGGAUUAGGAAUGGAUAAAAGGGAGCUCGUAUGGGAAUCAAAAGAAGGGUUUGGAAUGCAUCUACAAUAUGCCAGAACUCUUGCAGCAAAAUUGAAUAUUCAUUCAAAUGUAAUCGACUGUUGGAGUGUUGUACUAAACAAAUUGGAAGAGAGUAAGGCAGAUUCGUCAUAUUCUAGACUUUUUUUUUACAAUAGCACACUGCGUGAAUCAAUGUAUGACGUGAAGGUAAACGAAGAUGUGAGAUACAAGGAGUUUGAAGUUAUGGUCUCCUCAGCAAUUGAAGAUCUUACAAAUGAUUCUGAGCUAAAAAUGUGGAUUUGUUUUUCACUUUUGAUAAUUAAUCAAAGAAGAUUGGUGGGGACAGUUGAGUCGAUGUAUGGGAACAUACCCCGUGUGUUGCAAAAAAUUUUCUGCCAUUUUCUAGAUGAUAUCUGUAAGAAGAGGGUGAAGACCCUGAUGACAAGGAAUGUGGUGGUGUUGAAAAUGAAGUGUCAAGCAUACAACCGUUCAGAUGAUGGUGGAAUCUAUCUUAUGCAACAUAUGGAGAGUUUUAUGGGGGAUCAAACAUCAAAGUGGGAUUGUGGGCUAGCUGUGGAUUUAAAAACACAAGAUAUGUAUUUACAAAAGUUAAGGUACAAGUAUUUGGUGAGGUUGUUGUUGUCUGAUCAUAAUAUUUUGAAGUGUGAGUUUGAAAAGGAGUACGCAAAGUUUGUUAAAAUGGAUAAGGCGACAAGGAAGAGAAUAGUUCAGGAGAAUCUAAAAGUAGUCUUUGAUGAAGCAAUUGGUUAA